GAUUUAGGAUGUAAAUCACUAAAUGGGUCUGUAACGGAAACUGCAAGACCAACAGGGAUUGUUCAAGAAACCGAGAAUUCUCGAACGAUAUUAAAAACGAUCAUGGAAAGAGCACGCUUAUUGUAUCAUGGUCGUCAGAACGAGAUUAAAAAAGAAAAAGACGAAGAGUGGUUUAAGAAACUGAAAGUUAGGAAUGUUGAACAAAUAGAAGCGACUUAUACAUUAACAACUUAUGAUACUCAAAGAAAAUCUAUUGCUGCUUGCAUUAAAAGGGAAUCGAAGAACUCAUGGAUUCUUUAUGUGACACCUAAUUCAGAACUUCUUGAUAUUGCACAAUCUUUAGCAAGGCAUAUCUACCGUUCAAACAAACCGGAUAAUGUUUUGCAUAUCCGUUCAAUUUUAAGUUCACCUUUAUCAGAAUUGGCAAAAAUAUAUCCAGUUGAUUGCAUACCUGACUUACCUAACUUACAACGUACCUUUGAUUAUACAACUGAUUUACCUGACGCACCUGACUUAAAAGACUACAUACUUUCUCCUAACAUACGACGUUCUAAUUUACUUCCUCACAUUAACAUUAACACACCUCCUCACAUUAACAUUAACACAUCUUCUCACAUUAACACGACUCCUCACAUUAACAUUAACACAUCUCCUUACAUUAACACUUAUGCUCACAUUAACAAGCCUCCUCACAUUAACAUUAACACAUCACCUCACUUUAAUACUCCUCCUCAUAUUAACAUCAACACUCCCCAUAUUAAUGUUAACAAUCAAAGUCAUAAGUUGCUUUCUGAUUUCAACACGUCUGACAUACAACGUUAUUCGCCUUCGUGUAUCGACACAUCUCCUAACUCUAACUUCAAUUUACAUCAUCAGCAAGAAAAUAAUAGAAAAAGUGGUUUGGCUGAGAUCAUUGGUCUGACGAAUCAUCGCUACAAUCCAGUUAUUACAGCUGUUAUAGCUAUUACACCUAAAAAUCUACUACAGGAUGCUAUUAAUGCUUGCCGCUCUAACUCGGGAGAUGUCAUCGAUAGUACCAGAGUCCAAAUUGUCAAUAUAAGUAAUGAAAGCCAACCAUGCUAUUGCGAAAUUAUACCUGAUAAUUUAUUACCCAAGACCGGUGUAUUACAAGGGAUUAAAAUUUAUUAUGUUCAAACGGAAAAUUUAUUUCAAACACAUAAAGAUCCUUUGACCCGUUUCGUGAAUAUCCUAAAAAGACUUGCAGAGGUUUUUCAACUCAAACAUGAAGCUAUCCAUAUAUUUUAUGAUAAUGAUUCAAGUUCAAUUGCAUUUAAUAGAGGAAAAGCAUUGUAUUUCAAUUUAAAAAUUUAUCUUGAAUUACAUGAAGAAGAAAGUAGUAUUAAAAUUACAAGUAAUGCCAUGACCUAUUGGUUCAUAACAGCUUGUCAUGAAUUAGCGCACAAUUUUACUACUGAACAUAAUUCCACGCAUGAA